UGUCUGUGAGCUGUAGAGUUGUAAUGGCUACACGGUCAUACUAAUUCAAUAUUUUUAACGACUGCAAUUCCUUGGCUUACCUGAAAGAAUUUUAAUUAAGUAGAUUGUAAAUAACGUGAUAAUGGCUGUGGCAAGCAUGAUGAACCCUUUAAUAGCAGAAAAUAAAAUCGAUGCCAAAUGUCGAAGAAGUGAAAUACAACUAAAGAAUGUCGUGCUCAGACAGCGUACGGCUAAAAUUCAUGCAGAAUGUCUUUUCGAGGCGCCGGAAAUUUUACAAAAAAUAUGUCUAUUCAUGAGCGCAGAUCCUGUUUCAGGGUUUUGCUCAAAUUGGAAAACACUUGCCGACAAGUUGGGUUUGACAACUCAGCAGAUCACGCUUAUCGAGAGGGAAUACCAAAUGAAACAUAGUUCAACUUGGUGGGUCUUAUUGUCAUUUGCAUAUAACCCAAAUGCAACAGUAGAAAAAGUUUUAAAGGUAUUAGAAGAAAUAGAGAGAUUAGACAUCAUUGAUAAGAUUAGCGAUAGUAUGCUGCGAUUCGUCGACCGUAUUUCUAAACAGUCUGAAUCGAAUGAAUCUGAAGGGAAGCUACUCAGGUCAGCAGCUGGUAUCGAAUGGCUACCUUUGGUGUUAAGACCAUUAAAUUCAAAGGAAAGCAAACUUUACAAAAUCCCGGGCAUUACAUCGACACUUGUAAAUGACAACAAGUUUGUUGACAGCGGCACAAUCGACAACACACGACCAAAUAUACCGCUAGCUAUGAGAGUAAUGUUAACUUUUGCUAGUGACGGAGUAGACGCAGCAAAACGAAUCACUAAAAAACUCAGGCAAAAUGAGCCGAGGAUCGGUGUCUUGAUUUUGAGGGAACAACAAGACCACGUACUAAUGAAGAACACAGAGUUUAUAGAUGACUGCUUUGAACAGGUGGAUACUAUAAUUCCGAUUUUAACAAAGGGAUACUUUGACGUGAUAAACAAGGCCUCAACUACAAAUGAAGAACAAUCGUCAUUUGCAAUAGAUGAACGAUAUGCAAAAUACAUAUAUCAAUGUUUUACGUUCGAGUUAGUGAAAAAUAACUGCUUGGGUAAACGUGUGAGAUGUAUCUUCCCAGAUGGAACAAAGCGUCGUGAUCUUAGGGUCGAUCAUUUAAGCUUAAGAACUUGGUGGCAAGAAGAAGAUCUUCAAAAAUUGAUCAACAUGUUACUUCGAGGAAGACAAAAUUUAUUAAAACCCAUUACCAGCUAACCAAGGGAAGGAAAUGAGAUCUGAAUAGGAAAAUUAAUGAGAAUACUAAUAUUAAAAUUUGGACAAUAUUUUCUAUUACAAAAUUAAUAUUUGCGUAUAUGAAACUUUUGUUUGCUGCGCCAACAUUUAUACGCUGCAUGCCUGAUAUACACCCAAAAUUAAUAAUCAAAUGUAAUAUUAUACUUGUGUUACACACGGAUUCACCGCAAAUGUAGAUAAUGUGUUGUGUUAUUGUGUUACUUAAAUAUGAAGCAAUAGUAGAGACGUAACGGGGUGCGGUCAAAUUUUAAUCAACUAUUUGUUGCUGAUGCUAAAUGAACUAUUUUUAAACAGGAUUAAAAUACCUAUAUAUAUAGUAGGUAUAUAUACAUGAAUGUAAAGAAUGUUUUAUUUCCUUACUUUACUUUUCUAUACUUGUCUAUUUUUUACGUAAACUAAAAUGAAUCAGAAUAUAAAUAAAAAUUGAUAGCUCAAAAAUCUAUGGACCAUUUUC